CAGUUUCAAGUCAUUCCUUCCUUUCCCAAAGCUUCGCACGCUCCCUAAAUAAUAUAUAUCAGCAGAGCCAUUCUUUCCUUCCCUGGACCUUCUUCCUUCCCCCUGGCGGGGCAUUUAUGUCUCUGUCGUUCCUUCCGACCCAACACAACCCCGUCCGUCACUCCUUUUGACUAAGCCGCUCGCUGCAAUUCCGUUCAUGUUUCCGCGUGCCACUCUCUGACAGCGAAACAUCACCACGACACUCCCUUAACACGUCAAGACCAGCAGUUAUACAAAACAUAUCUAGAGUCAGUAUACAUUACAGCAAUGGCAGCCUCUGGGCGACUGUCGAUUAUCUGGCUCUUCGCCCUGAUUGCCGGGUUGAUAUCACCAGCGAUAGCGCAGACAUGGACCGACUGCAAUCCUUUGAAGCGAGACGAUUGCAAGCCAAACCCAGCACUAGGCAUGGAUUACACAUAUAACUUUACCGGGCUUCUCAAUGCUGCUGUCUGGAAUACCACCUCGGGAAAAGUUAUCAAUGGAGAGAAAGGAGGUGAAUUCACCAUUAGAGAAAGGCUUCAGUCGCCCACUAUUCAAUCAAACUUCUACAUUUUCUUUGGAAGACUAGAAGUGCAUAUGAAAGCGGCAACUGGUCAAGGAAUCGUUAGCAGUGUCGUUCUCCAGUCCGAAGACCUGGAUGAAAUAGACUGGGAAUGGGUCGGCUCUGAACAGGGUCAUGUCCAGACAAAUUACUUCGGCAAGGGAAAUGAUACUAGCUUCGACCGCGGAAAGAAGCAUGAAGUCAAUGACCCGAUGCAUUCAAUCCACAAUUAUACCGUUCAUUGGACUGCUGAGAAGCUGGAAUGGUGGGUUGAUCAGCAGCUGGUCCGUACCCUCAAAUAUGAAGAGGCCGAAGGCGGCAAGUUUUACCCUCAAACACCAGCCACGGUGCGUCUGGGGAUUUGGCCUGCCGGAGAUCCGGGCAAUCGUAAGGGUACCAUUGAGUGGGCCGGCGGUGAAGUGGAUUACAGCAAUGGCCCGUACACAAUGAUAGUUAAGCAACUGAAAGUUGAGGACUUCCACAAGGGAAAAGAAUACGUCUAUGGGGAUCGCUCGGGUGACUGGAAGAGCAUCAAGGUUAUUGAGGGAGUUUCGAAGGUUGCAGAGGAGGCGUCCAAGCCACCACCGAAAUCGCUGUCGGAGAAAUGGAAUGACCUUUCGGCAGGCGCAAAAGGAGGUAUCUUUACCGCUGCCGGUAUUGUGGUCGCCGUUUUCGCAGCUGUUAUUGCAUUCUGCUGUGUCAAGCAACGCAGGGCAGGCCGCAAAGAAUUCAAUAUGGAAAGCAGCAAGUUCGCCACAGAACAAACCAGUAACAUGGCUCUUCGAUCACAAUGGAAUCAUAAGUACCAGGAGGUCCGCGGGAACUGAAAACUUUCUUUUUUCUUUCAAAUCAAAAGAAAAUAUUUUCUCCCAAUACUCCACAUAUCUUGUACAGAAGCUUGGACUCGUUGCUUGGCCGGUCCAAGCAACUCUGCUCCGUACACCUCCAUGAUAUCCAGACAGGUUUCGCUUAACAAAAGCUGGGUCAAUUUUCAUAUUGCCAUCACGUACCCUGUUAGCUAUCCUUUUUUUUUUUUUGCCUCCCCCGCGCUGUCAUAUUUCUACUUAAACAUGCCUCUAUUUGUUGUGGAGUUGGCCCGGCGAUCAUCGUUCUCCCUUCCCUGUUUAUAAUCUGCGAGUUAUUAGUGGGUGUCUUCCUCCUGCAUGUACAACACAUACGAGAUAACGAAACCUUAGGGUCUGCUUCUAUUAGUUUCUCAGCUUGAAUACCUCUUCGGCUUUCCAUAUUGUUCGUGAACAAGCGGCACAGCGUGAU